ACCAAUCAUUGCGGGGGAAUUCCGUUCCACACUCUACGGAAUCGGCCACUGAAAAUAACGUCACCACGUAUCCGCAUGGCUCCCGAGAGGAGAUGCAAUGAUAAGGGCUCUGUGUCGAAUCUUCACCUUUGUCAACGCAGAGACGAGCCUGAGACGAGCCAGGCCUCCGACGUGGCUCUUCGCUAAGAGGUGCCCGAGAUUCCCGGGCGCAGCCCUUUCUGCCCAGCGGUGCGGUGCCCAGCAGGCGAUGCCGGAGCAGCAGCAGGGCGAGGCCGAGCCCGGCCUGCUCGCCCCUCCCCCGGGGGUGCGCGGCAUGACCACGCUGGACCGCAGCGCCUUCCGGAAGCGAGUGGCCGUGCCCGCCUUGCGCGUGCGGAAGGAGGCCAUCAGCCCGCUGGUGAAGGCCCUGAAGAGGGUGGCCCUGCAGCUGCCCGCAGCGAAGCGAGUGGUGGAAGACCCGCAGGAUGAGGACCACAGGCUGGUGCUGCUGGACCCCUCUGCCAUCUCCUCCCCGGACUCCUUCCCAGAGGCGGAGGCGGCCGCCCUGAGGCGGCUCGGCGUGAGCCCCGAGGUGCUGCGGUACGAGCUGGAGCUGACCUACGAGCACCUGAAGAGCGACGAGGUGCUGCGCGCCGUGCUGCCCCCGGGCCAGGACGUGACCUCGGGGUUCAGCCGGGUCGGGCACAUCGCCCACCUCAACCUGCGAGACCACCAGCUGCCCUUCAGGAAGCUCAUUGGACAAGUCAUAAUGGACAAGAACCCAGGUGUGACCUGUGUGGUCAAUAAAACCAACACCAUCGACUCCACUUACCGCAAUUUCCAGAUGGAGGUGCUGGCGGGAGAUGGCAACAUGGUGGCCAAGGUCCGAGAGAACAACGUGUCGUACGAGUUUGAUUUCUCCAGGGUGUACUGGAACCCCCGGCUGAGCACGGAGCACGAGCGGAUCGUGGGGCUGCUUCAGCGGGGGGACAGCGUCUUCGACGUCUUCGCCGGAGUGGGGCCCUUCGCCAUCCCCGCUGCCCGGAGAGGCUGCAGCGUCUUCGCCAACGACCUCAACCCCGAGUCCUUCAAGUGGCUGCAGCACAACUGCAAGCUGAACAAGACGGACAGCAAGGUGCGCACCUUCAACAUGGACGGGCGAGACUUCAUUGGGGGGCCGCUGAGGGAGGAGCUGCCCGGGCUUCUGGAGAUGAAGAGCAGAGUGCACAUCAUCAUGAACCUGCCUGCUCUAGCCCUCGAGUUCCUGGACGCUUUGAAAGGUCUGCUGGAGCAGGGACCCGACUCGGACGAUGUCAGCCCGCCACACGUCCACUGCUACGGCUUCUCCAAACACGACGACCCCCGGCGGGAUGUGACAGAGAGGGCCUCCGCCAGUCUCGGCACGCCGCUGGAAGGCCGCUGCUCUGUCCACACGGUGCGCAAUGUGGCGCCCAACAAGGAGAUGAUGUGCAUCAGCUUUCCCCUGCCCUGGGAGGUGCUCUUCAAGAAACCCAGAAGCCCAGAACCAGGGACUCCAGAUGAACCAGCACCAAAGCGGCCAAGGAGCGACGAGCCGACAGCGUAGAGACGGAACUGCGUUCAAGUUUGAGGAAGUGUUUAAACCUCUGGAAAACCGUGUUCUGAGGUGUACAUUUUUAAUUUUGCAGUUUUGACACACAGAAGGAAGAUUUUUUUUUUUAAAAGCCUCCCAGUGUUUUAAAAUAAACUUAAACCAUCCAUUUGAAUAUGCUGUUUUAAUACUGUUACGGUUCAAUUAGAAGUACCUAAUCAGACCGUAUCCCAUACAUCAUCCUCUUGUCAAAACAGUUCACGUUUUCAGAAAAACCUCUUAUGACCUAUUCCAUGUCUGAUUAGAAGAGGUUAGCCCUUAAUGCUGAGCACACACUGAUCUGCAUAAUAUUGGACCCCAGUGGCACACAACACAAAGUCUCAUGAGUCACAUGUUAACACUCUCGUUAACACUUGAAAUCACAUGCGGUAGCUGGACUGCACACGCCCCUGGGUUCACAGUCUUGGUGCUUUAA